CACGUGACUUUGUUUAUUUAUUUCUCCGGCAAAGCUUGAACUUGAAGCUGCAAAGUUUCAUUGGCUUCAGCGUUUUUAGCUGUGAUUAAAUAUUUCCUGAAUUAAGAAGUGGCACUAAUCCAUCAAAGUACAACAAGCCCAAUUCGAAAUUUUGAUUGUUGUGGGAGUUCCAAGAUGAAGUCACGAGUGCAGAGCAAUGUCCAUCUUCUCACCGCAAACGCUCCUUCGGCUAAGGUUCAGUGCCACAGAACUUCCAACGGCAGUCAUUCGUCUCUUACCAAUGCCUUUCUAAAGGAAGGUGGAGCUUUGCCGUCAGUGCUUCCAGUUGAUGAUUGCAGCACUGAUGUUCCGUGCAAAUCGAAACAUCCGACUCGAAUAAGGAACCAGUCUCUCGCUGUCAAAAAGAGCAAGAAAGAGGAUUCGAAUGAUCAGCUUUCUACAGCACAAUCUGCGAGCAAACUAAAUACAUGCCAGCUUGAGAAGAAAAUGGAACACCUUAGCAGCAAGUUAACAAAAGUUCAAGACAUUCUUGAAAGCCAUUUGAUAGAUGCUGCUGAAACAACAAUCCCGAGUUCUAGCUUUGAUCAAGAUGAAGAUGGUAGUUUCUCUGCAAGAGAUUACACAUUCCUUCUGUUGGAGAUGAACGGAAAUAUUUCAUCUCUGCCAUAUGAUCCUAAUGAGUUCUCUGAAAAGAGUUUUAAGAAGUAAUAGGUAUAAAAUGUAUCUGUUUAUAAUUUUCUAAUAAUUUAUCUUUAAUGAGAAAUGUUGAUGGUCUAUCAGGUCAUCAUUCUUUCUCUUUCACUUCCAUAUUAAAGUUAGUCUGAGUUUAAAA